UUACCAGUGCUGGCUCAACCCUUGACCAAUGCCUGCAGCAGUUCUCCGAUUUUUCUGGAGCACAGGAACAACUUACUCGAUGGCUUCGAGAUGUGGAAUUAGCCAUGCAGCAGCACACUGAGUUGAAAAAUUCCCUCCAGGAGAAGACUGCCCAGUUACAAAACCAUAAACUUGUCCACCAAGAGAUUCAGGCACACCAGAAUCUUGUUGAAAUGGUGUGUGAGAAAGCUCAGACGCUAGUCAACCAGACUCAGGACAAAACUCUAAAUGUGUACAUACAGUCCAUUCAGACUCUGUUUCAAAACAUUGUGUUGAAAAGCCGAGACCUUCAAGACAAGUUGGAGUUGUGUGUUCAUGAUCAUGCUCAGUUCAAUUCACUUUGCAAAGGCUUCGGUGACUGGCUGAACCUCCAGCGUGAUCAGCUGCACCUGUGUGCCGAUGUGUCCGGUGAGAAGUCUGAUCUCAUCAAAAAACUUGACAACCUAAAGAGGGUAGAAACUGAACUAAACACCUGUUCACAACUUGUUGCAGUGACACUUAUCGUUGCCAAGGACCUUGAUGCAGUUCAGGGAACAGGGGACAAAAAACUGUCGGAGCUUCGCACACUGGGUGAAAAGGUUUCUCUUAGCACCUCAGAGAGGGGUGGAAAGGCUCUUAAAGCCACUGUUACAUCCAUGGAAGAUGCAUGGAACCAACACUUAGCUAAAGUUGGUGAGUAAAAAGAUAAAAAAAAAAAUAAAUAAAUAAAAUUCUUUUAAAUCUACACACACACACACUUUUUGGUUAUCUGUUGUUGUCUCUCCAUAUGUGUCCUUGACUUUGUAGUGAUCUCUCCAGACCUCUUUAGGAACUUCUCAUUUUGCU